AUGGCGUUCGGUCCCCAGUGUCACAACAAUACGCUAGCUAACGCGCAAUGGUAUCAGUACCAUGAAAGAGAAUGGGCCAGAUGCAUGGCUUGCGGCGAUAAUGUGUUCGGAUACGUGGGUCCGACAACUACCGAAAAUAAAGAGAUCCCUGAUGAUAUUCCUAUCAAAUAUGACGACUGGGUCCCACUCCAGCAUCAUAUGUCUUUCAUGAAAGGGAACGUAAUGGAGGUCAGCGACUCCUGCUGUGGCGUGAAGUGGGACGCAUGGGAAACACAUCUCCCGAAAUCUGCACUGAGGAAAACAAAAAAUUAA